AUGAAGCAGCAGCAGCAGCAGCAGCAGCAUCCCGGCGGCGGCGCGGAUCCCUGGCCCCAUGGGGCCCCUCUGGGGGGCGCCCCUCCCGGCCUGGGCAGCUGGAAGCGCCGGGUCUCCCUGCUGCCCUUCCUGCGCUUCUCCCUCCGGGACUACGGUUUCUGCAUGGCCACCCUGCUGGUCUUCUGCCUGGGCUCCCUCUUCUAUCAGCUCGGCGGGGGACCCCCGCGCUUCCUGCUCGACCUGCGGCAGUAUUUGGGAAAUUCCACUUACUUGGAUGACCAUGGACCACCUCCUAGUAAGGUGCUGCCUUUCCCGAGCCAGGUGGUGUACAACAGAGUGGGCAAGUGUGGGAGUCGGACCGUCGUCCUGCUUCUGAGAAUCUUGUCAGAGAAGCACGGAUUCAAUUUGGUCACGUCAGACAUUCACAACAAAACCAGGCUUACUAAGAAUGAACAAAUGGAACUGAUUAAAAAUAUAAGUACUGCCGAACAGCCCUAUUUAUUCACCCGACAUGUUCAUUUCCUCAACUUCUCAAGGUUUGGAGGAGACCAGCCUGUCUACAUCAACAUCAUCAGAGAUCCUGUCAACCGGUUUUUAUCUAACUAUUUUUUCCGUCGGUUUGGAGACUGGCGAGGAGAACAGAAUCACAUGAUUCGCACCCCCAGCAUGAGGCAGGAGGAGCGCUACCUGGACAUCAAUGAGUGUAUUCUUGAAAACUACCCCGAGUGUUCCAACCCCAGAUUAUUUUACAUCAUUCCAUAUUUCUGUGGACAGCACCCCAGAUGCAGGGAGCCUGGUGAAUGGGCCCUUGAAAGAGCAAAACUGAACGUGAAUGAAAACUUCCUGCUUGUGGGGAUUCUCGAAGAGUUGGAAGACGUGCUGCUUUUACUGGAAAGAUUUUUACCUCAUUACUUCAAGGGUGUGCUCAGUAUCUACAAAGACCCAGAGCAUAGGAAACUUGGGAACAUGACUGUGACCGUGAAGAAGACCGUCCCCUCUCCCGAGGCCGUGCAGAUUCUCUACCAGCGAAUGAGAUACGAGUACGAGUUCUACCACUAUGUCAAGGAGCAGUUCCACCUGCUGAAGCGCAAGUUCGGACUCAAGUCUCGCGUCAGCCACCCACCGUUGAGACCCCAGUUCUUCAUCCCGACCCCACUGGAAACCGAGGAGCCGAUCGAUGACGAGGAACAGGAUGACGCGAAGUGGCUCGAAGAUAUUUAUAAGAGGUGAUGCCAGCGCUGUGUUGCCUCCAGUGGCUUAAUCUCCCUUUCCAGAAAGUUUGUGUGUGUGUGUGUGUGUGUGUGUGUGUGUGUGUGUGUGUGUGUGU